GAUAACAACAGAAACUUUGAUGAUGGUCUGACGGCUUCUCGGCGUUAUUUUUGUUUUUGUCGGUUGUAUUCGUCACAGUAUGCUUAUUUUAAAUGUAUGUGUGCGUCUAGCUUGAAGAAAAGCGUCGUAAAUAGCCGAAAGCAAGAUAGAAAAUUGAAAGUGGCAGCUGAGCCUGGGCAACAUUCACUACGUUAGCUGGCUAACAAACAUUAGCGAUAGCUAAUCAGCUAUGCUAACAUCACAUUCCAUGUAACGUUAAACUUGUCAUUAGUCCCCUUGCCAGUAAGUUACAACAGGUUAUACAGUUGUGUUUCCCUUCAACUAACCGAUUAGCUCUACUGUUCUAGUUAUGGACGUGAAUCUGACGAUAUCCCUUAUCAGGGGACAAAUGGGUGUUGUCAUCGAAAAAGCGGUGACCGUCGCGGUGGAAACAGUAUUGGGGGAAAUGAUGAAGGUGGUUAGCAUAAAGUUCGACGAAUUUCGAAAAGAGAUCAAUGCCAAGGACAAGGAGACCGAGAACGUCCGGCAGAUGCUUGAGAUAUCUCGAUGUCAGAUGAGGGCUAUGCGUAAAUAUCUGAGCGUCUCCACAGCAAAGGAUGACCGUCAGAGUCAAGCCGUGCAGAGACAACAGGCCAACCAGUUUGACUCGGUUCGGGUUCCGGAGGUGUACUUGGACCAGUCCACCUUCUCCCAACCACUUUCUCAGGGAGGAGUGUCAAACGGUUUGCUGUGUCGGAGAACAAUUACCAACCAAACCCAGCCAGAACUUAGAAAUAGCAACAACACUCACAGGUCUCUGGUGUCCAGAGAGGAACCUAACACCACGUCGCACAAAACUAAAGACCCCGUGUCAACGGAAGACCCCCCACCUCCAAAUGAUCGCCUUAUUGCAUCUGAUGGAUCUCCGUCACUAGCAUCAAUUAAACAGGAGGUCACGGAGCCAUCAGAACUGGACCUCGGCCUCCUGGGAGCGGGGGGGAGCAUCGACGUGCCACACAGUCGGGAACUGGACCAGCCCGGUUCUCCAGAGAGGGGCCUUCUAGAUGCAGGCCUGGACCCACGUCAUCUCAACGCAGGAGAGGCAGAGGAGGACCCCCCGGCUCCUCCACUCUCCCGGCCCCCCCCUGUGGUCAAGGAGGAGGAGGAAGAGGAGGUGACGGAGAUGCUGCCCAUCAAGCAGGAGCCGGUGGAGGUGGAGGUGGAGGUGGAGGUGGAGGGAGACGCGCUGGCGUUGGGACUGGCGCUGGCGCCUGUGGAGGGAGAGGGACUCAGUCAGGCAGGGUACCUGGAGGGCACAGGGACCCAGCAGAUGACGGCGGGCACCUCUGCAGGGCAGACGUCCGCGUACUACUCCCCUCUGGCCAGCUCGUCUACCUAUGCCUCUAGCCAGCCCUGCAUCACCAUGGCUACCUCAGUGUCCACAGCCUCCACCUCAGGCCCUGGCUCGUCUCUGGCGUCUGCGUCCGGCGCGGGGUCAGGGGGGGUGUCGGGGGUGUCGUCGGCGGGGGCGCGUCAGACGCGUCCGUGGCCGUGGGUGCGGGACCUGGGCGUGUACGAGCAGUACAAGCAGGCGCGCGCGGAGCUGCGGCGGCGCAGCCAGGUGCGCAGGAAGCAGCUGGAGCAGGACCUGCCGCAGGCGCUGCUGGCCGACCUGGUCAAGGAGCGGCGCGAGAAGACGCGGCUGCGCGUGGCCCGCUGGAGGGCCAAACGCAAGCUGCAGGCCUGCCUCAUGGGGGCGCAGCAGAGCGCCGGGACCGGCUCCGUCAACGUCAACACCGCAGCGCCGUCGCUGGCUGGACCGUCCAUGCACAGGGUCGCGGUGGUCGCCGGACUGCAGAUGCAGCAGCAGGCCCAAAGGCAGACAGGCAUUCCCAUGCAGCAGCAGCAGCAGCAGCAGCAGCAGCAGAGACUCAGCGGAAGGCUGCAGCAUCAACAGUCGCCACAGCAGCAGCAGCAGCAACAGCAGCAGCAGCAGCAGCAGCAGCAGCAUCAGCAGGGAAGGACGGGGGGUUUGCAGUACGGGGGCAGAGUGGGCAGGGCUGUUACAUUCGGGGCGGGGUCUCAGCAGGGGCUGCCGUCGGCAACCGCGGCACUGAGUGGGAACUCGGCGCUGAGCGGGAAUGCAGGUGGCGGCGGCGGCGGCGGCCACGCGCUGUCCAGCCAGGCGUUCAACACGAGGGUCCGCUUUGUGCCGCAGAGGACGACGACGUCGACGUACGUGCAGCACAUCACGCCAGGAGUGGACACGGAAAUGUACCAGUGA